CAGAUGAAUAAAAAUUAAUGAAUUAAAUAUAAAAAAAAUAUAAAAUGACAUAUUCUAUGGUGAAUAUAGUGUUUUCUUGAAUAGACCACUCCUUGUGGAUUGAAGAUGCGACCAACCGAAAUCGUUAUCCUUAAACCAUCGAACGAAACAGGGUGUUUGUGGGCGUUUUGUUAGGGUAUUGGCUCAUAUACGCCGGCGCAGAAUUCCAGACAGCAUAAAGAAACCGUAGAAUCCGUUUUCUCCUGUUCAUAACGAUUCGAACAGUAUUCUGUGUAGGAUCCAUCCCAAGAGAUUAGAUAAUAUUUGAAUCAAAUAAUUGUUAAUAUUAUAAUAACGCAUAUAUAAAUCAAUCAUGCCUCCUAAAACUAGUGGGAAAGCAAUGAAAAAAGCUGGCAAAGCUCAAAAGAAUAUCAGUAAAACUGAUAAAAAAAAAAAACGGAAGAGGAAAGAAAGCUAUGCCAUUUAUAUCUAUAAAGUAUUGAAGCAAGUACAUCCAGACACUGGAAUAUCCAGUAAGGCUAUGAGCAUCAUGAACAGCUUCGUUAAUGACGUUUUCGAAAGAAUAGCUGCUGAAGCAUCGAGAUUGGCACAUUACAACAAGCGUUCGACAAUUACAUCUCGGGAGAUCCAAACUGCUGUCAGAUUAUUGUUACCCGGCGAAUUAGCUAAGCACGCUGUAAGUGAAGGUACAAAGGCGGUUACCAAAUACACUAGUUCCAAGUAAUUAUUAUUUUAUAUAUUAUUUUACUUUUUUAUUUUUUUUUAUUUUUCUUACUUUUUUCUAUACACAUACAUAUACACACACGCGACACACACACACAUUUAUAUAUAUACAUAUAUAUAUAUAUAUCAACGAUCCUUUUAAGGACAAUUUCCUUUCAUCAAAAUUCCUCACAUUGCUUUAUUUUCAUACAUUUCAAUUUAAUUACAUCUUCACAAAUUUAAUGUUUAUAUAUAUAUAUCUGUGUGUGGAUGACUAUUAUUAAUUAAAUUCUGAUGACUGAAUAUUAAUUAUAUUUAUAUUGACAAUUUUUGUGUAUAUCCUUUAUGUUUCGUAUGUUUUUUCUUGUUCUUUUUUGCAUAUGCAUAUAUUAAUAUUCUUUUACAUACAUAUAUAUAUAUUAUUUAUUUCCUAUUGUAUCGUCUUGAUGACCAAUAAACACUGUUAUAGAUGUGACUUUAUAAUAUAAUCUUAAGUACAUUGUAUGUCCAAGUUUGAAAUAAGUAAUGCGAAAAA